AUGGAGCAAGGAAGAAAUAGUGGUUGGAUCCCGAUUGUGAAUCAAAGGCAAGGAGGUGGAUCUCGGGGCUAUGUAGAAAGGAGUGGUUUGUUUACUGUGUUCGUGGAUAAUAUCCCAAGAUCUUUGGAUGCAAAGUCAUUGUUCAAACUUUUCAAUAAGUUUGGUGUAGUAAAAGAUGUCUUCAUCCCUUUCAAAAGAAGAAAAGCGACGAAUUCAAGAUUCGGUUUUGUGAGAUUCGACUGUCGUGUUGCAUCAAACAUGGCAGUCCAGAAAACUAAUGGUCUUUUGGUGGAUGAUAAGGUGCUUGUAGUCAAGUAUGCAACUCAUGACAGGAGUGUGCUUAGCAGGAGAAGGCCCCAGGUCAACAGAGAAGAUUUUAACCCAAUUAGAGGUAAAGAUACAAUCUCAUUUGUUGGCCUCAAGUCAUUUGCAGAGGUACUACAAGGGGACUCGACCACGGUGGAUGUAAAAGCUAGCAUGACCGUCAAGGCCAAUGAGAAUGGUCACGGUUGGCUUUAUGAAAGCGUAAUUAUCAGGCUCAACUCGGACUACUCCAUUAAUAGUAUCAAAUUUGCUUUGAAGGAUAUUGGGUUAGAUCAAGUGGUGGUCAGACAGGGGGGCGGCAGGGAUGCAAUCUUGACUUUCAAAUCCCAGGAGGAGCUCAAAUCAAACAUCCAGAAGAUUAAGGACUGGUUCAAAGACUGGAGUCAGUUUGUUUUGGAAUGGAGGCCAGGAAUCCAUGUAGUCCAAGAGAGAUGUGUUUCGUUGAAAUGUCAUGGUCUUCCUCUGAAUCUCUGGAAUAGGAGCAAUCUAAAUAACAUUGGAGCUUUGUGGGGAACAGUCCUUCAACUGGAGGAUGAUCUUAGCCAACCAAAGUCAUUUACAUACUCCAGAAUUAAAGUGGUUACAACAUGCAUGGAGCUAAUUAAGAAAACUAUUCAUCUGGAAUGCAAGGGUAAAUUCCACCCAAUUUUUGUCUGUGAAGACCACUGCGUCGAUCCAGCGGAAUGUAAUGGAGUGAGAAAAAUUGGGCUGGGUGAUUGCAAUAGCAGCUCCAAAGUGGAACUCAACAGAGUUGAGGAUGAUGACUCCACAGAUGGGGGCUGCAAGAGGAAGGAUGAGAUUGAUUUAGUGGCAAAACAGUUUGUCUUGGAUGAUGCUGUGAUGUCGUCCUCCAUUGUAGCGGCUCAAAGGAAGGAGCUCUCUCAAUGCAACAGUAGAGAGGCGGUGGAUACAGUUGUUGAAGAGACACGAUGUGAUGUAGAGGUCAGCAGACCUACUGCAGUAGGUGGGAAAGAAGCUAUGAUAGAGGAGUGUGCACCCUGCCCAAAGAGUGAUGACCCUUCACUGAGAUGUGUUGAGCACGCUUCUGCAACUGGUGUGUUUAAAAAUUGCAGCGGGUCGGUAGAUGGGUUUGGGCCUGGAAUAAACUUGGAGGUUGUCUUAGGCUCUACGAAUAUGAACGAAUAG